CACAGAUGUCGACCUGGAAUGCUAUGAAAGGAAGGAGCGCUUGUGGAAAUUUUUCAUCUGACACAGUUGCAGCUGUAGAGCGACACGGUCGAAGUUUUGUAAACAAGCAAUCCCGUUUUCUCUGCUCAGCAAUUUACGAUGGAGUCAACGACAGGGAAGUGGGAAAGGGCGAAAGCUCUAGCGCUCGAUACUUGGCCUAAGACCGUCUUUACCAAUUUUCUAUACCUAGAAUUCUUUGGACGCCGUUCGAAACUUAGCCCUUACGAGUUUCUGAAAAGGACCGCCGAAGAGGUUAAGGCCGAUGCCUCGCUCUACAAAACACUCCUUGAUGCAGUUGAAGAGGCGAGCGAUGAAGACCUAGAAAAGAUGUGGAGAGAAGGAUGGGGAACCUGUAGCGCCUGGGCGAUUUUAUUAAGUUCACGACUGUCAGAGAGCCUUCAGGGCAUCAAUUUCGCCAGCGACGGUACGCACCGGACAGCAUACACCGAUGAUAGCAUUCUCUUCAACAGUAGCGCCAGAAACGCUCUGCAACUAGAAGAUCGCAAACCCGUACGAUGACGAGGCACCACCUACCUCAUGGUAGGUGUCGGGAGACUAGCCCCGGUGCUGACGUAUAAGAAAAAAGGCAAAGAAUACGACACCGAGAUAUUGAAGAAUUGGCAAGAAGCUAUUCGAGUAUCUCUACGACAGUUCCUUGAGAACCCACAAACCGUUAUUCUCUUUAGGAGCGGCAAUCUUCUCCAGUUCGAUGGCAUGGUCAAGUGGAUAAAAGGGUCCAAUCAGAUCCAGUGGUCGGAACGUAAAGGGUCAGAUGAAUUCGAGUGGCGGGCUGUCUUUAGAGACGGCAACCAAAUAACGGCAUAUGAAUGCGUAACUGAAUUUGCGAAAAUUUACUCAGAAG